AUGCCGUUGUCUGUAUUUAGAAGACUUGGUUUAGGGGAAGCUAGACCCACUACUGUUACUCUUCAAUUGGCCGAAAGUUCAUUGACACAUCCUCGAUGUAUUAUUGAAGAUGUUCUUGUCAAAGUGGACAAAUUCAUCUUUCCCACAGAUUUUAUUGUGCAUGAUAUGGAGGAAGAUGAAGAUGUUCCAAUUAUUUUAGGGAGAUCAUUUUUAGCCAUCGGUCAAGCCUUGAUAGAUGUUAAAAAAGGAGAGUUUAGGCUGAGAGUGCAGGGUGAAGAGGUUGUAUUUAAUGUGUUCAAGGCUUUGAAGUAUCCUAGAGCAAGCGAUAGUUGCUUUAGUGUGAAUGUAAUUGAGGAAAGUUUGUCAAAGGGAAAACUCAUCAAAAAUCCGCUUGAGAAGAGUCUUAUUUCGCCAAGUAUGGAAGACUGUGAUGACACUGAGGUCAUUAAAUAUGUAAAUUGGUUAAAUUCCGCUAGACCUGUUUAUAAGAAGAAAUAUGAGGAACUUGGACAAGGGCCCGAGAGACCACUACCAUCCAUUGAGAAGCCACCGAUACUUGAAUUGAAGACUUUACCGGAACAUCUUAAGUACGCUUAUUUGUGUAAGAAUGACGCUCUCCCAGUUAUUAUUUUAACUUCAUUAUCUACUGUUGAAGAGAAAAAUUAUUAA